AUAACAUGUUAUUAUUUACUAUUUGUGUUUAUUGAUUUAUUUCACUUUCGCAUAAUGGCAUCUCCAUCAAUCAUUCCUACGUCUAUAAUCUAGAUACGUCGUGUUCCGUGAUUGAUCGAUGUAGCACGUUAAUUUUCGUGUACAUAUUUUCAACCCUUCCAACUUUUUCGAGAUAGCAGCCAAUUGAGAAACGAGAAAAUCCCAAGUAACACGAUAAUAUCGCAUUAAUCGAGUGAUCGAUUUACGCGCAAAGGACGUUAAUGGAUUCAACAUGCUAUCUUUUAUCUGAACGUCUCGGUACUAUAAGGUGAGGUUAGUAUUUGUUUUGAUCAUCGUUGUGCGCAUUGGAGUCAAUUGAUGUUCAACUUUACUCAAAAUUGCAAGUAUUUCUACCGUUGUAAAUAUUCUGUUAUUAGUUUCCGUGGAAUUUAAGUUCUGUCUGACAGUUUUGACAUCUGAAUUACAUUUCACUGUAGUUACGUAACAUCGUAGUAGUUAGGUUAGUUUGACUUGCUAUUAAAAAAAACAAUAUACUGAAACUGUGAAAUCUUAUGUUACGUCAAAUUCGUCAAACGAUAGUAGUCUAAUUAAUCUCGUCGUCGCGCGUGCAACGUUAUUUUCCGCACGGUAUUAUUAACCAAUUUUCUUGCGUUACGGGAGAUCCGGGAAUGCCGCAGUAGCGCGGUACACGCGCACACUCGCUGUAUCUCGCCGCAUGCGUGUAUAAAUCUUCGGUAUAACAGCAACGGCCCUGGGGACGGUUUCCGCGGAAACCGACUUAUCGAUUUGCCUAGGCGUCGCCGGCCGUCGAGCGAUUCGAACGGCGGAGAAUUGGCUUACCAUCUGUCCAUGGGACAAUUCGUCGGGAGGAUUCAGCGUAUUCAAGAAUGGCGCGUCCAAGAUCGUUCGUAACUGUGAAACCGCGCUGUGAAACGACCAAUAAAAUGGGAAAAGAAAGAGAUAUCAUUGAAGUUGUUCCGUUAAAUGGCAGAGGAACGAAUUUGUGUCACGAAUGUAGAAACCUAAUAGCAUCACGUUAUUGACGAUUUUCUGAUGUAGACGAGCUUACUGACUACACAGUUUUCUACGCACGUCUAAGGAAGACGGCGACAAAUUAUUAAUACGCAUCAGGCGGAUAUAGCAGUAAACGGGAAAGUUAUACAAAAGAAGAAAGGAAACUCAGCUGUUUUAAAAUACAUUUCUGAAAGAAAGAGAGAGAGAGAGAGAGGGGGGGGAGAGAAUGCUGAUGAAAAAUCAAAAAUAUACUUUUUUAUGUGAUUAAGAAGCAGAAAAAUAAAUAAAUUAAAAGAAGAAGAGGAAAAAGAAUGAAGGUUGACAAUAACUUGAAGAAUCAAAUUAUAGCCAUUAAAUUACACUGAAAAAAUACCUGAGGAUGGGAUUGCGUUUGAACAGCUUGGUCCUCCGCCCUUUAAAUAACAUUCAAGAUAAAGUGUGAUGAGUUUCAUUUGUAGUAAAUUUUUCUUUAUAGAUAAACCAGAAAAGAAAAGAGAUGAAUCUCAAAGAGAGAGAAGAGUGAGAGAAAGGGAGUACUGUGUAAGGUCAAUGUCAUAGAUAUGACACCAGACAUACAAGUGUAGCCAAGAUAAAUAAUAUCCUUAGGAAGAGGACGGGAAUGCUAAACAGGAAUUGCACGACGCGCACGAUCAUCCAAUAUUGCUCCGCGCAGGACACGUUGCACGUGCCGCCGGAGCAGAGGAGAUUUCGGCGUGUGCACGGUCUGCAGCUGCCGCUGCAUCCCCAACAGAUCGUCGGCUGGGUGCUGUUGCUCAUCGUGUUCACUGGCACUUUCGUCGUGCUGCUGACAACGCCGUUCCUGCCCGAUCUACGCUUCGUCCUCUUGCUGUUGUUCGCCACGUUAUUCUCGCUGCACGUGUUGGCCCAUUUGACAGUGCUGUUGCUAGACCCGGCCGACCCGGAGGUGCGUGCCCGGCCAGCCGGUGAGAUCGUGCCCGAAUUUGAUCGUACGAGGCAUCGGCACGUAAUCGAGAACGGCCGAUGCCACUUGUGCAACAUCACUGCGCUCGGUCGAGGCACCAAGCAUUGCUCUAUCUGCAACAAGUGCGUGCCGCGCUUCGAUCAUCAUUGCAAAUGGUUGAACAGCUGCAUUGGUGGCCGUAAUUAUGCGGCCUUCCUAGCGUGUCUGGCGUCCACGCUGAUCGUCGCACUCGCGGUCGCCGCGCUCGCCCUGGGCGAGUUGGUGCUCGUCAACGUGCGCUUCGUCAUAGAUGACGAACGUUGGACCAACACCAGCAGUACAAACGGUACAAGUAUGAAUAACGCUACAACACCGUCGCCAGCAUUGCCGAUGCCUGGGACUGGUUCACUCAUUCUCAUUACUGUGAUCGGUGUUCUGUCAACUGUCGCGGCAGUUCUGCUUAUACACCUUUGCUUCUUUCAUGGCUAUAUCGCUUGUCUCGGUCUCACCACGUACGAGUACGUGCGUAGCAAGCGAGAGAAGAACGCCACCGGCGCUACCAUUGGCUCCAGGACGACGUCUUCCGCUGGUCUGUGUGGUGCGUCUUACUGUAGCAACGGCAAUGGUGAGGACAUCAACCAGAUGGUCAACACGCGAGGCUUGUACUCUCGCUUAUGCGAAAACGGUCCGUUCAAGCUCGCCGCAGGCACAACGGCAACGACGGAUGUGUUCGUUUGCUCGACGCAUGAAGAGACGCAUGGCGGCGACGCAACGACGAACGGCAAGAACGUCUGCACGAAGACACUCUCCUCGAUGAAGGUCAAUCGAAACUUCCACCUCUGCUUCUCGUAUGACGCGCGCACUACCGAAACCUCGAUAGAAGUCUCCUCUUCGCGCACGACGGAUGUGGUGGAAUCGAAGAAGAAUAAAGAAUCGCCGGACGCGAAAUCAUCCUCCACGCCCUCGCCGGUGUCCUGCUGUUUCUGCAUCAUGAAUCACCCCGAAGGCAGGCACGACAGAAACGGACGACAGAGGCGUCGCGCCGGCGAACACCGUCCCGAAGUGGCGAAACGGUCCUGUGGGGCGAUGCGAAGGAUACAAACGUUUCUGCAGGCUCGCCUAAGAAAGAGCUCGAGGCAGAGGUCGGCGACUCCGUUGUCAACGAUCGGUCGCCACUGCGGCAACAAGGUGAUUCCGCAGGCGGACAGUCCUCCGGACGUCGCGCCGACCAUUACCGAGGCUCAAGAUCAGGUUGUCGAGACGAUGACGACGGAAUUGAGGAUGCUGCCACACAAUCCACGUCCACCGACGAGGCUGCCCGCCCUGGAUCUUCCGCGUGUUAUUCACAGCAUCAGAGGAGUACCGCCGAAUCCUGGGGAUAUCUCUGUUCUGGGUCCGAUAGUACCAUCUUCCAUGAUGAUGUCCAAACGAAGUCAAGCCCACCUCUGCACUCGACGAAGCGCAACUCUCUCCAGGAAGAGGCCGCGCUUCAAGGUCGGCUCGCACAUUGUCGCGCAGACUGCUCAACUGUCGCCGAUACCGGAAUCUGAAUUCUCAAAACCAGCCACACCGAGGUCGCCGUCGCGAUCGGGCUCGGCCUUCACCUUUCCGCCGUUACGCGAUUUCGCUCGAUAUUCGUUUGUGCAGAUAAUGUCCACGAGCACGAACACGAGCGAGUCGUUUGAUAAAAGAACUACCGUGUCAAAGACAAUGAACGUUUGGGAAGAUUUGGGUUCACCACGCUGCGUAGUCGCGCCGAUGGUGGACGCGAGCGAGUUGGCAUGGAGAUUGCUCAGCAGGCGACACGGCGCUCAGCUUUGCUACACGCCGAUGCUACAUUCCUCCGUGUUUUGCCGAGAUCCCAAGUACAGGCGAGAGGCUCUCGUUAAUACCAGUGAAGAUCGCCCAUUGAUCGUUCAGUUUUGUGGCAAUGAUCCAGACAUAUUACUAGAAGCUGCACGGUUGGCCGAACCAUAUUGCGACGCGAUCGAUAUCAAUAUCGGCUGUCCACAGGCAAUCGCAAAGCGCGGUCAUUACGGAGCUUUCCUGCAGGACGACUGGGAUUUAUUGAGGAGAAUCGUGUCGACUUUGAAGAAUGGAUUACAAGUGCCUGUCACCUGUAAAUUACGAGUGUUUCCAGAAAUUAAUCGUACCGUAGAAUAUGCUCGUAUGCUAGAGGAUGCAGGCGCCAGCUUACUUACCGUCCACGGACGUACGAGAGAACAAAAGGGUCCAUUCACCGGAUUAGCGUCUUGGAAGCAUAUUAAAGCCGUGAGAGAUGCCGUGAAAAUUCCUGUAAUCGCUAAUGGCAACGUACAAUGUAUGCAAGACUUGCAUCGGUGCAUCGAGGAGACCCAAGUACAGGGCGUGAUGUCGGCGGAGGGGAAUCUCUAUAAUCCGUACAUAUUCGAGUCUUGUUACCCCGCUUGUUGGGAGCCUGCCCUGGAAUAUCUGGAGCUCGUGAAGCAAUAUUCGGCGCCGACCUCGUACAUCCGCGGUCAUCUGUUCAAAUUGUUCCAUCAUGUAUUUUCUUUAGCAGAGAAUCGAGAGGAAAGAGAGAAUUUAGCCACCAACUCCACUCUGGAAGCGUUUCAAAAUAUCACACACGCCCUGCGAGAUCGUUAUCUACCGUACCAUGAAGGACGUAUGGUGUGGCACACAGAAAAGACGGAUUAUAAUUUAGAGUUGCCGCCGUGGUUGUGUCAACCUUACGUACGAGAACUGCCACAGGAACACGCACAGAAGUUACAGGAAGGCACACCACAGAAACGAGAAUACAGAGACGAGGACGGAAACGAAAUAUCGCGAAAGCGUUCGAAGAAGCUUAAACGAAUAGCACGAAGGCCAAACCGAGCGACUGCGGUUCCCAAGAGAAGCUCGGAUCGAUGUCACGACUGUCCGAAUCCCCUGGGUUUCAAGUGCGAGUAUAAAUUAUGUCGACAGUGCUGUCGAAACAAAUGUUACAUAGAGAAUUUGGACUGUCCCGGUCACAGAAAUCUGACGAAGACUAGAAGACAAAUGGCGAAGGAAUUCGAGGCGAAACGUAAAAGCGAAAAUGUAAUAUAACGUUAUGUCAAAGUAUUUUAAAUAGAAUUAUACGGAAUAC